GAGCGAGCUCUUGCCUCGAAGCCAUCCCCUUAAACUGUCCGCGUGGCUGUGUAUGUCCGGAUUCCAUUCGACACUACAGCGCCCAGCAGCGCCUUUACCAUGUCCUUGGCUUUUUGUGGCAACGAGAACAAUUCGGCUGCCUACAAGGUGAACAGUGGGGUCCUCAACAACGGCUGCUUCGUGGACGCGCUCAACUUGGUGCCUCACGUUUUCCUUCUGUUUAUUACCUUCCCUAUCCUGUUCAUAGGAUGGGGAAGCCAGAGCUCCAAAGUGCAUAUCCAUCACAGCACUUGGCUUCAUUUUCCUGGUCAUAAUUUACGGUGGAUUUUGACUUUCAUCCUUUUAUUUGUAUUGGUAUGCGAAAUAGCUGAGGGCAUAGUAUCAGAUGGAGUUUCAGAAUCCCGUCACUUACACCUGUACAUGCCACCUGGUAUGGCAUUCUUAGCAGCCAUCACAUCAAUUGUUUACUAUCACAACAUAGAAACAUCAAAUUUUCCAAAGUUGUUAAUAGCUUUGUUAGUCUACUGGACUUUAGCUUUUUUUACCAAAACCAUCAAAUUUGUAAAGUUUUAUGAUAAUGAUGUUGGACCCCUCCAGCUUCGAUUCUGCCUGACUGGGUUCUUAGUAGUUCUUUAUGGAAUGCUGCUAGUUGUAGAAAUUAAUGUCAUCAGGGUGAGGAGAUAUGUUUUCUUCAAAAAGCCUAAAGAAGUUAAACCCCCUGAGGACCUUCAGGAUCUUGGAGUCAGAUUCCUGCAACCCUUUGUCAAUCUGCUGUCUAAAGGAACAUACUGGUGGAUGAAUACAUUCAUUAAAACAGCACAUAAGAAGCCAAUAGAUCUGAAAGCUAUAGGCAAGCUGCCUAUUGCCAUGAGAGCUGUAACAAAUUACAAGUGCCUUAAUGAAGCUUUUGAAGCACAGAAAAAAAGCAAAAACUCUCCAUAUCCACAAGGAUCCAAGUCCAUCUGGUAUGCCCUCUGCUGUGCCUUUGGAAGACCUUUGGUUCUAAGCAGCACUUUCCGUAUUUUGGCAGAUUUGCUUGGAUUUGCUGGUCCCCUCUGCAUUUCUGGGAUUGUACACCAUGUUGGGAAAGGGAACAACACUUUCCACCCUCAGACAAAAAUACUUGGUGUUUUCUUCAUUUCAUCUCCAGAAUUUCUGGCCAAUGCUUAUGUUUUGGCAGUCCUCCUCUUCUUUGCUCUUUUAUUGCAAAGAACAUUUCUCCAGGCUUCAUACUAUGUUGCCAUUGAAACAGGAAUUAACCUGAGAGGAGCAAUACAGACAAAAAUUUACAAUAAGAUUAUGCUGCUGUCAACUUCCAAUAUGUCCAUGGGGGAAAUGACUGCAGGUCAGAUCUGUAACCUGGUUGCUAUAGAUACAAAUCAACUGAUGUGGUUUUUCUUCCUUUGCCCUAAUCUUUGGGCUAUGCCAGUACAGAUUAUUGUAGGAGUCAUUCUACUCUACUACCUACUUGGAUUCAGUGCCUUAAUUGGAGCUGUGGUAAUCAUAGUGCUUGUACCUGUUCAAUAUUUUGUAGCCACAAAACUUUCACAAGCCCAAAGAAGUACGUUGGAAUAUUCCAAUGAAAGGUUGAAGAAAACAAAUGAAAUGCUUCGUGGGAUAAAACUCCUUAAGCUCUAUGCUUGGGAAAAUAUCUUUCACAGCAGAGUAGAAGAAACCCGGCAAAAGGAGAUGACUAGCCUCAAGGCAUUUGCUCUGUAUACCUCCAUAUCAAUUUUCAUGAAUGCAGCAAUACCUAUUGCAGCUGUUCUUAUAACAUUUGUAGUCCAUGCCCACCUGUUUGAGAAUGCUGACUUUUCUCCUUCAGUGGCCUUUGCUUCACUUUCCCUCUUCCACAUCCUUGUCACACCUCUGUUCUUGCUCUCCAGUGUGGUUAGAUCCACAGUCAAAGCUCUUGUGAGUGUUCAGAAGCUAAGUGAAUUUCUGUCAAGUGAAGAAAUAGAGGAACAUGACAAAUGUUUAGAACCAAAAUGCAAAAACAGCAUCAGCAAAUAUCAGGCUGUUCCCCUCAAAGUUGUUAAUCGUAAAAGACCCACCAAAGAGGACUGGAAGAGUUACAGCUCUCCUAUAAGAAGACCUGUUAGCAACACAGAAGCAGAUGAUUAUUGUGUAAAGGUCACAAAUGGAUUUUUCACCUGGACCCCUGAAGGACCUCCAGCAUUGUCCAACAUUGACAUACAAAUUCCUCAAGGUCAGUUAACAAUGAUCGUGGGGCAGGUGGGCUGUGGUAAGUCUUCCCUCCUGCUAGGGAUACUUGGGGAGAUGCAGAAGGUAUCUGGGUGUGUCAUCUGGAACAGCAGUAUUCCUGACAGUGAGACAGGUGAAGAUAUAAGCCAAGAAAAGGAAACUGCAAUUGACAUGGAAAACAGGAAAAGAGGACCUGUGGCAUAUGCUUCUCAGAAACCAUGGUUACUAAAUGCUACUGUGGAAGAGAAUAUCACUUUUGAGAGCCCCUUCAAUAAACAAAGGUACAAAGCAGUAAUUGAUGCUUGCUCUCUUCAGCCUGAUAUUGACAUUCUUCCUCAUGGAGACCAAACCCAGAUUGGAGAAAGGGGCAUUAAUCUUUCUGGAGGUCAGCGCCAGAGGAUCAGUGUGGCAAGAGCCCUUUACCAACAGACAAAUGUUGUAUUUCUGGAUGAUCCAUUUUCUGCGCUUGAUAUCCAUCUGAGUGAUCAUCUCAUGCAAGAAGGAAUCCUGAACAUGCUAAGAAAUGACAGGAAGACUAUUGUUUUGGUUACUCACAAGCUACAGUAUCUGCCACAUGCUGACUGGAUUAUUGCAAUGAAGGAUGGUACCAUUCAAAGAGAAGGCACGCUCAAGGAUAUUCAGAAGUCAGAAUCUGAGCUCUUUGAACAUUGGAAAACACUAAUGAAUCGACAGGACCAAGAACUGGAGAAGGAAACCAUAAUUGAGAAAAAAACUGUAUUAGAUAGGAAGACUCUCCAAAGGACAAUGCAUUCUCGAGAAACUCUGCUCCAAGAUGAUGAUGAAGAUGAAGAUGAAACACUAGAAACUGACGAUGAAGAAGACAAUCUAUCUUCUGUCCUUCACCAAAGAGCAAAGAUGCCUUGGCAAGCAUGUGGGAAGUACCUCAGCACUGCAGGUUUCCUCCUACUGCCUUUGCUGGUCCUUUCACAGCUCCUGAAACACACAGUUAUGGUAUCCAUUGACUUUUGGCUAGCACAAUGGACAUCUGACGCCAUUUCCAAAGUGGAAAAGAAACUGAAUUGCUCUUUUUGUGAGGGAACCACUUUUAAUCAUUCUCCCUAUUCUAGAGUAUUCAGCAUUCUCUCCUGCCUUGGAAUUCUAUUAUGUUUUGUGACAUCGAUAGCAGUAGAGUGGACUGGUUUAAAAGUUGCCAAGAAACUACAUUCUUGUCUACUGAAUAAAAUCAUUUUGGCCCCAAUGAGGUUUUUUGAAACAACACCACUGGGGAGUAUCUUGAACAGAUUUUCAGCUGAUUGUAACACUAUUGAUCAGCACAUUCCGGCCACCCUGGAGUGCUUGAGCCGUUCCACCCUGCUCUGCUUAUCAGCACUUGCUGUGAUCUCCUAUGUCACACCUGUGUUUCUCAUAGCUCUAGUCCCUCUUGCUGUCAUAUGCUAUUUCAUCCAGAAAUACUUCAGAGUAGCAUCAAGAGACCUGCAGCAGUUGGAUGAUAGUACCCAGCUCCCACUACUCUCUCACUUUUCAGAGACUGUAGAAGGCCUAACCACUAUUCGAGCAUUCAGGUAUGAAACCCGGUUUAAACAGAAGCUUCUUGAAUAUACGGAUUCUAACAACAUCGCUUCACUUUUCCUUACAGCUGCUAAUCGCUGGCUGGAAGUUCGGAUGGAAUAUAUUGGGGCAUGUGUGGUACUCAUAGCAGCGGUUGCUUCGAUUACAAAUUCUCUAUACAAUCAACUUUCUUCUGGUCUUGUAGGCUUGGGACUGACUUAUGCUUUGAUGGUAUCUAACUACCUAAACUGGAUGGUUCGCAACCUGGCUGAUAUGGAAUUGCAGCUUGGAGCAGUGAAAAGAAUCAAUGGCCUUAUAAAAACUGAAGCUGAAAACUAUGACGGGCUCCUCUCUCCAGCACUGAUUCCUCAGAACUGGCCUGACCAGGGUGAGAUUCAAAUACAGAAUUUAUCUGUCCGCUAUGACAGUACCCUGAAACCAGUCCUAAAGCAUGUCAACGCCCACAUCUGUCCAGGACAAAAGAUUGGAAUAUGUGGCAGAACAGGCAGUGGAAAAUCAUCUUUUUCUCUUGCCUUUUUUAGAAUGGUUGACACUUUUGAAGGAAAGAUUAUUAUUGAUGGCAUAGACAUUGCCAAACUUCCCUUACAAACACUGAGAUCCAGACUGUCAAUUAUUCUUCAAGAUCCUAUUUUGUUCAGUGGCACAAUUCGAUUUAACUUGGAUCCAGAAAAAAAAUGCACAGAUAGCAUGCUGUGGGAAGCUUUGGAAAUAGCACAACUAAAGCAUGUGGUAAAAGCUUUACCUGGGGGACUAGAUGCCAUUGUCACAGAAGGUGGAGAAAAUUUCAGCCAAGGACAAAGACAGCUCUUCUGCUUAGCCAGAGCAUUUGUACGGAAGACAAGUAUCUUCAUCAUGGAUGAAGCCACUGCUUCUAUUGAUAUGGCGACUGAAAACAUUCUUCAGAAAGUUGUAAUGACUGCAUUUGCUGAUCGCACUGUAGUAACAAUUGCACAUCGGGUGAACACUAUCCUUAAUGCGGAUAUGGUUAUUGUAAUGAAGAGAGGAGUUAUUCUAGAAUAUGAAAAACCAGAAAUUCUGCUGGAACGAGAAGGCAGUGUGUUUGCUUCCUUUGUCCAAGCAGACAAGUAGAUUAAUACAUUGAAUCUUUGAAGGAGCAGUUUUAGUAUCCAUUAUCUAAACAUGUAAAUUAUAUGUAAAUAAACAUUAUUUAACAAUAAAUUACUCUGUUUCUCCA